UCACAACCCUUGGCAUGGAAGGAGUUUCUCCCGAUUCUUUAACCUAACCAAAUUACAUUGCUCACUUUCUGCUAACCUUCCUCAACACGUAGUUAAACAGUACAAUAGGCAUUCUCCAAUGGCUUGCUUGCUUUGUAAGUAGUCUUGUCCAUUUCUUCACACGCAAACUUUCUUACUCUAUAAAUAUCAUAACGUCGAGUCCUUCGAUCACUAGCAGCAAAAGAACGCGUAACAUUUUUCUUGAAUUUACAACGAGUUGGUGCCCGGGGUAAUCUUUGAUUUCGGUUUUUUGCAAUGGAGAGAGGUGGGUUUCGAGGAAGAGGUUCUGCCUUUGGUGGCGAUGGGAGAGGAAGAGGAAGGAAUUAUGGGCAGAGUCAGCAGCAAGAGCAAUAUCAUCAGCAGGGGAGGGGUAGAAGCCAGGGCAGGACCCAGGGCCAUGUGGGUCCUAGCCAGGGUGGUCGUGGUGGUGCUGAGGGACCCAGAAGUGGUGGGUAUUAUGGUGGUCGUGGUGGUGGUGGAAGAGGAGGAGGAGAAGGGAGAGGAUAUUGGGGACCCCCUGCUCCAGGUCAGCCACAUUCACAGAGAUCAACUGCUCCUGUGAUGCGGCCUGACAGUGGCAGUACAAAUGCUGUCCGAUCUCUGAGGCUUCGUACCAAUCAUUUUUUGGUUAAGUACAAUCAAGAAAGUAUCAUAAGACACUACAAUGUAGAUGUCAAACAGGAGGUUCCAUCCAAGCCUGGUCAGCGUGUGAAGUUACCGAAGUCUAUCCUGUCUAAGAUUAGGAACAAAUUAUCCUCUGAUGAUCCUAUACGGUUUCCUUUGUCCAUGACUGCAUAUGAUGGCGAGAAGAGUAUUUUCAGUGCGGUAGCAUUGCCCACCGGAAAAUUUAAGGUGGAAUUUUCCCAUGGUGAAAGCAUGAGGACCCGUUCAUUCAUAGUCACUCUACAACUUGCGAAUGAAAUUAAACUUUGCAAAUUGAAUGAUUAUCUAAGUGGUACGUCAACGUCGAUCCCUCGUGAUAUACUGCAACCUUUAGACGUGGUCAUGAAGGAGAAUCCAACCAGGAAAAUGAUUUCUUUCAGAGGAACUUUUCAUUCCCCCACAUCUUACCCGAAAGAUAGCAUUGGACGUGGCAUCACUGCUUCUAAAGGAGUUAAACACAGACUGAAGCUCAGCUCUCAAGGUCUGGCCUUGUGUUUGGACUACUCUGUUCUCCCAUUUUGGGAGAAAAUUCCUGUUAUAGACUUCCUCGAGAAGCAGAUCCGUGGCUUUGAUGUGAACAACUUCAAAAGGUUUAUGCGAGACGUAGAGAAUAAUUUGAAAGGACUGAAAGUUAAUGUGACUCAUCGUGCUACCGAUCAGGUAUUUAAAAUUUCAGGGUUAACCAAAGAUAUAACCCAGAACAUUUCAUUCCCUCUUGAAGACCCAAAUGGCGUGAUUCCACCAAGGGAUGUUCGCCUUGUUGAUUAUUUCAUGGAGAAAUACAGCAAGGAUAUUGUCUGCAAAAAUAUACCCUGCUUAAAUUUGGGCAAAAGCAGUGGACGGAACUAUGUUCCAAUGGAGUUCUGUGUCAUAGCUGGAGGGCAGAGGUGCAAAAAGGAACUUCUGGACAAAUAUCAAGACAAGAAGUUAAAGGAGAAGUCAUUGGUUCGGCCAAAGGAUAGGCUAAACACGAUACUUGACAUGAUUCAAGAUGGCAACGGACCUCGUGGUGGAGACAUCAGUAAGAAUUUUGGAAUCGAGGUUGAUACAAAUAUGACGACAGUGACUGCCCGGGUUAUCAAGCCACCUGAGUUGAAACUUCGCACUCAGAACGGCAAUUUCAUGAAGGUGACAGUUGAUGGAGAGAAAUGCCAUUGGAAUCUUGUUCGAAAAUAUGUGGUGGAAGGCAAACAGAUUCUUCGGUGGGGGUUGUUGGACUUGAGUUCUUAUGAUCGGGAUGAGUUAGAUGCUGAUAAUUUCAUUCCAAAGCUGUUGCGUCGCUGUAAUGAUCUUGGCAUCGACAUGGCAGAGCCUGUUUCCUACAGAAGGGCUUCAAUGAAUCUGUUGUAUAAUGUUGAUGGUCUUCAACAAAUGCUCAAAGGCAUUAACGAGGAGUCAAAUGAGAUUGGUAGAGGCGAUUUGGAGAUACUCGUUUGUGUUAUGCCUAGAGAGGACCCUGGUUACAACAAUCUGAAGUGGAUAUCUGAGAAACAAGUUGGUAUAGUCACUCAGUCUUGUUUAUCUACAAAUGCCAAUAAAGCAAACGAUCAGUUUCUUGCCAAUCUUGCUCUAAAGAUCAAUGCCAAGAACGGUGGAAGCAACGUAGAGCUCAUGAACCUGCUCCCGCGCAUAAGAGGCAAUGGCCAUGUUAUGUUUAUUGGUGCGGAUGUCAAUCAUCCUGGCUCUUGGAAUUCAACAAGUCCAUCAAUAGCAGCUGUUGUUUCCACUGUGAAUUGGCCUGCUGCAAAUCGAUAUAUAGCACGAAUCCAACCUCAAGAUCACCGCGCAGAGAGGAUUCUGAAUUUUGGGCACAUGUGUUUGGAGCUUGUUGAUACUUAUGCUCAGCUAAAUCAAACAAGGCCAGAGAAAAUCAUAAUAUUUCGUGAUGGGGUAAGUGAGAACCAGUUUGAUAUGGUUCUCGAGGAAGAACUAGGGGACCUUAAGAGGAAAUUUAAGGCAUUGAAUUACUCCCCUACCAUCACAGUUAUUGUGGCCCAAAAGCGACACCUGACUCGUUUAUUUCCAGAGAAUGAUAUGGAUGGUGGUUCCACUGGUAAUGUGCCUCCAGGCACGGUGGUCGAUACAAAAAUCAAUCGCGAUAUGAAGACUGACUUUUAUCUUAGCAGCCAUUAUGGUAAUAUCGGGACAAGCAAGCCUGCGCACUAUCAUGCCUUGUGGGAUGAGCACAACUUCACACGCGAUGAACUGCAAGAGCUUUGUUAUAGCCUGUGCUUCACAUGCGCUCAGUGCACUAAGCCUGUCUCAGUGGUUCCCCCUGUGUGGUAUGCUGACCGUGCUGCUUACAGAGGUCGCCUUUACCAUGAUGCAAUUGAGUUGCGAAAAUCAUCUUCUUCAUCAUCAUCAUCAGCAUCAGCAGAAGCAUCAGAAGCUACGUCCUCAGCAGUGGCUUCCUUCGACGAGCAGUUGUAUAGGCUGCAUCCUAACGUGGAGAACUCUAUGUUUUUCCUUUGAGAUGGCAGUCAUGGUUCAACCUCAUUUUCUAUUCAGAGUGGCAAAGAAGUUUGUGCGUGAAUGUAAUGGGUUUCAACUAGUCUGAUCUUUCUACCUAGUCCUGGUAUUGUUUUGUCUGAAUUGUUGUGGAUUUUGAUGCAGAACCGGUAUAUGCUUAUAUGUUAAAGCAUAUUUGGAUUUAAGUGUGUGUUUGUAUUAGCGGUGUGGGAUUGUUAUAUGUGCUGACAUGUUGAGUCUUUAUCUUUCUGCCGAUAUCUUUUUGUAUAAAAUUUUCUUUACUUUUACAUCCCUUGUAGUUGCAGGGAGAGAAAUAGAGAAGAAUAUCUAUAUGUCUAUAUGUUUCAACUUUCAUGUAGUGGAUGAUUGUUCGAAUUUUUGAGAUGAA